ACCGUCGGUCUGUAUCCGCUCUCACGCGUGUCCAGUACCUCGCAGACCUGAGGAAUGUAGUUCUCUUUGAAGUAGUUCUUCAGCCUCGGGUUGGCAUUGCGUAGCGACGCCAUGGCCCGAGGCCUGACGGAGAAGCUGCGAUAGUACCCUCCCAGCUCUGGGACUAGGGGCCAGGCGCGUGCGGGCGUUGUCCCGGCAACCAGGGGGCGGGGCUGGGCGUGGCACCGCCCCGUGCUCCGCUGCCAGGAGCAGGAGGGAGGAAGGCUUGCUUCACGCCCCGGGAGAAGCGACAGGAAGCUCGGCUGUGGGUUGCGGGCCCCGGCGUCUCCGCGUGGGGCGCACCGUCCGAGCCGCCUCUCCCGGUGUCCAGCGCCCCGCACCGCACCGCCUCGCCUGGGAGAAACCGCCGAAACGCGCCGGGCUGGAUUGGGCGAUUAUAGGCUUUGAGCUAGGCCGUUUCCGGGAGGCGGAGCUCAGACCCCAUUUCCUUUCUCCACACCCAGGUCGCGUGGCGUUUGCUGUGGCGGCUAGGCCCGCGUUCGCUGGAGACCUCCGCUCUGGCCCCCGCGAGCCUCCUGCCCUGGCCCGGCGCUGCGGCUCUGCCACGGCGGCAGCAUGGGUGGCCCCCGGGGCGCGGGCUGGGUGGCGGCGGGCCUGCUGCUCGGCGCCGGCGCCUGUUACUGCAUUUACAGGCUGACCCGGGGUCGGCGGCGGGGCGACCGCGAGCUCGGGAUACGCUCUUCGAAGUCCGCAGGUGCCCUGGAAGAAGGGACGUCAGAGGGUCAGUUGUGCGGUCGCUCGGCCCGGCCUCAGAGGGGAGGUACCUGGGAGUCACAGUGGUCCAACACCUCGCUGCCUGGUGUGUGUUUUGGAAAUGGGAACAGUUGUCUCCGCGAGACACACCCUCCCAGCGGACAAAUGCGUGAUUCGGUGUCUGUCCAGAAGUUGAUCGAAGACUUAACUGAUGGUUCAUAUGAUGAUGUUCUAAAUGCUGAACAACUUCAGAAACUCCUUUACCUGCUGGAGUCAACUGAGGAUCCUGUAAUUAUUGAAAGAGCUUUGAUUACUUUGGGUAACAAUGCAGCCUUUUCAGUUAACCAAGCUAUUAUUCGUGAAUUGGGUGGUAUUCCAAUUGUUGCAAACAAAAUCAACCAUUCCAACCAGAGUACUAAAGAGAAAGCUUUAAAUGCACUAAAUAACCUGAGUGUGAAUGUUGAAAAUCAAAUCAAGAUAAAGAUAUACAUCAGUCAAGUCUGUGAGGAUGUAUUCUCUGGUCCUCUGAACUCUGCUGUGCAGCUGGCCGGACUGAGAUUGUUGACAAACAUGACUGUUACCAAUGACCACCAGCACAUGCUUCACAGUUACAUUACAGACCUGUUCCAGGUGUUACUUACUGGAAAUGGAAACACGAAGGUGCAAGUUUUGAAACUGCUUUUGAAUUUGUCUGAAAAUCCAGCCAUGACAGAAGGACUUCUCCGUGCCCAAGUGGAUUCAUCAUUCCUUUCCCUUUAUGACAGCCACGUAGCAAAGGAGAUUCUUCUUCGAGUACUUACACUAUUUCAGAAUAUAAAUAACUGCCUCAAAAUAGAAGGCCAUUUAGCUGUGCAGCCUACUUUCACUGAAGGUUCAUUGUUUUUCCUGUUACAUGGAGAAGAAUGUGCCCAGAAAAUUAGAGCUUUAGUUGAUCACCAUGAUGCAGAGGUGAAGGAAAAGGUUGUAACAAUAAUACCCAAAAUCUGAUUGGUCAUAUUUUUCCAAAGAGUAAUGCAGUCUGGAUAUAAACGUAUUUUCUGUCUUCCAUAUAAGGGGAUUCUCCCAGCUGCUGAAUUUAAACAGUAAAUAUCACAUUGUAUCAUUAACACAGCUAUAACUUGCCAUGGUUCUCAGAUUUAUUUUGGACUAUUUUGAUGCCAAGUGAGUAUAACAGCUUGUACUGAAACCAUUUAUUUCUUUCUAUUUUGCUAUUUGCAAAUGCUUGUUAUCUUCCCUACAUGAAGUGGCAGUAACCUUUUUCACAUUUAAGCUACCCUUCUACCUUCUGAAGUGAUUUGCAGUUACUCAUCUGAGACAGCAUCAGUAUUUGACUAAAUCAUUGUUUCACAACUGAAUAGUCUUGUUCUUUUAGUAGCAAUGAAAUCCUAAGCUCCUGAGUCCACUCACCUGCCAGCCUGACCAUACUGCUUUCAAAAGUCUUUUCUCAUCAGUAGAAUCUAUUUUGGUCACUUCUAGUCAAUGAAAAAUGUAAACUUUUAGGAGAGAAUGUUUCCUAGGACUCACCCACUCCAUUCAAUGUUACAUAUAAAAUAGUGUGAUCAAUCACAAUGUCCAUCUUUAGACAGUUGGUUAAAUAAAUUAUCUGGUCUUUGAAAAGACUGCACUGGGCGUGGUGGCUCUUGCCUGUAAUCCCAGCACUUUCGGAGGCUGAAGCGGGCAGAUCACCUGAGAUCGGGAGUUUGAGACCAAGCCUGACCAAUAUGGAGAAACCCUGUCUCUACUAAGAAUACAAAAUUAGCUGGGCAUGGUGGCGCAUGCCUGUAAUCCCAGCUACUUGGGAGGCCGAGGCAGGAGAAUUGCUUGAACCCGGGAGGCAGAGGUUGCAGUGAGCUGAGAUCGCGCCAUUGCCCUCCAGCCUGGGCAACAAGAGCAAAACUCUGUCUCAAAAAAAAAAAAGAAUGAUGGAGCUCCGAAUGUGCUUAAAUGGAAAGAUAUCUAUGAAAUACGGUGGUUUUUUAAAACACAAAAAUUAUAGAAGAAUAUGGGAUCCCGUGUGUGCGUGUGUGUUUGAAUGAAAAAUGCUUAUGUAUUGACAGAACACUUCUAGAAUGAUACCCAAACUCCUGGAGUGGGAGUGGGGAAUGCCUUCUACAUACACACUGUUCUACUGUUUGAAUUUUUUAUUAUGAGCCCAAAUUGUAUAAUCUUUUUUUAAUAAAGAGGAGAAAAAUCA